AUGAAUCCCACAAGCCAAUCCCUUGGCACAACAGAGUAUGACUAUGCAUACGAUGAAAACACUGCACCAUGCAAUGAAGGAAACAGCUUUCACAGGUUUAAAUCCCUCUUUCUGCCAAUUCUUUACUGCCUUGUAUUUGUCUUCUGCCUUCUGGGAAACUCCUUGGUCCUUUGGGUUCUUCUGACCAGGAAAAGGCUGACGACCAUGACUGACAUGCCUUCUGAUCUCCUCUUCGUUGUGCCUCUCCCUUUCCAAGCGCACUACGCUUCAGACCAGUGGGUUUUUGGCAAUGCUAUGUGCAAGAUAAUGGCUGGCAUUUAUUACACAGGUUUUUAUAGCAGUAUUUUCUUUAUAACCCUCAUGAGCAUAGACAGGUAUAUAGCAAUUGUCCAUGCUGUCUAUGCCAUGAGGAUACGGACAGCCUCUUGUGGCAUAAUUAUCAGUUUAAUCCUGUGGCUGGUGGCUGGCUUGGCCUCUGUGCCUAACAUCAUGUUCAACCAGGAGCUGGAAAUCGAGCAGGCUGUGCAGUGUGUCUCCACAUACCCCACAGGCAACAAUACCUGGAAAGUUGUUUCUCAGUUUGCAGCCAAUAUCUUGGGCCUCUUGAUUCCCUGUAGCAUCCUCGUUUGCUGCUAUGCUCAGAUACUGAAAAACCUGCAAAAAUGCAAAAAUCAAAGCAAGAUCAAGGCAAUCAAGAUGAUCUUCAUCAUCGUCAUUGUUUUCUUCCUCUUCUGGACUCCCUUCAACAUUGCACUGUUCCUAGACUCUCUGCAGAGCCUGCACAUCAUCAAUGACUGCAAGGCAAGCUACCAGAUAGCCCUGGCCCUGCAGGUGACAGAAACCAUCUCCUUCAUCCACUGCUGCCUGAACCCCAUCAUCUACGCCUUCGCUGGUGUGACAUUCAAGGCCCAUCUUAAAGGACUGCUUCAGUCCUGUGCCUGUGUCUUCUCCACCCCUGCUGGAGGUGCUGGGUUUGGCCAGUCAUUUUCAACACCCACCCAGCUCUCCAGCUGGUCUGACAGUGCAGGUGUCCUGUGA